UUCAGUGGCGCGAUGAGACUGAAACGGCUACACAUACGAUACUACCCACCAGGAAUAUUCCUCGACUAUGAGAAAGGGGGGAAGCUAAGGACGAAAUCCAUCGAUCUGUUAAACUUGACUCCAGAGACUGAUGUGAAUGAGCUGCUGUCAGACAUUCGAGCCGCAGAGCCUCUCAUCACCUCAUCCUGUGUUGAGCAGGUGAAAGUCCUGCUCUGCAAACUACAGGAGAAAGUCGGCCAAAAGGAUGAACGCAAGUUCUACCUUUUCAGGGCACUUCAGGCUCACAUUUUGCCCCUGACGAAUGUAGCCUUCAAUAAAUCAGGAUCGAGUUUUAUAACCGGAAGCUAUGACAGGACUUGUAAAAUAUGGGACACCGCAUCCGGAGAGGAGCUGCACACUUUGGAGGGUCACAGGAACGUUGUGUAUGCCAUCGCCUUCAACAACCCUUAUGGAGACAGGGUUGCCACAGGCUCCUUUGACAAGACCUGCAAAUUGUGGAGUGCUGAAACGGGGAAGUGUUUCUACACAUUUAGAGGGCACACCGCAGAAAUCGUGUGCCUGGCCUUUAACCCUCAGAGUACCCUGGUUGCUACGGGCAGCAUGGACACCACGGCUAAAUUAUGGGAUGUUGGGAACGGGGAAGAGGUGUCCACAUUGGCUGGUCACUUCGCCGAGAUCAUCUCUCUCUCCUUCAACACAACGGGCGAUCGGUUGGUCACAGGGUCGUUUGACCACACUGCCAUUCUGUGGGACGUUCCGUCUGGCGGGAAAGUUCAUGUUCUCACAGGUCACCGUGGAGAGAUCAGUUGUGUUCAGUUCAACUGGGACUGUUCCCUCAUCGUCACGGCCUCUCUGGAUAAAACAUGCAAGGUGUGGGACGCAGACAACGGUCAGUGUUUGGCUACUCUCUUAGGUCAUAACGAUGAGGUGUUGGAUGUGUGUUUUAACUACACUGGUCAAUUGAUCGCUACGGCCUCUGCUGAUGGUACAUCAAGAGUGUUCAGCGCUGUAACGUUCCAGAGUUUGUGUCAAUUAGAGGGUCAUAAUGGAGAGAUAUCAAAGGUGUGUUUUAAUCCGCAGGGGAGCCGUGUUUUGACGGCGAGCGUGGAUAAGACGGCUCGCGUGUGGUGCGUGAACACAGGAGUGUGUUUGCAGGUGCUGGAGGGACAUUCUGAUGAGAUCUUCUCCUGCGCUUUCAACUAUGAGGGAGACACCAUCAUUACAGGCAGUAAAGACAACACCUGCAGGAUCUGGCACUGA